GUGGUACCCAUAUUAUAAUUCGGUCUAUUUUUAUUUUCGGUACGCUUCCCAAAUUCACCUUGAAUUCAUAUCUGAGUGUUGGUAGUCCCGAAAACUUCCGGCCUCCAUCUUUUUGCAUCAAAGUUUUCGAGAUGCCUCCUAAAAAGGAUUCGAAGUCUUCGGCUAAACAGCCACAAAAGACACAAAAGAAGAAGGAAGGUGGAGGCGGUGGCAAGGCCAAGAAGAAGAAGUGGUCCAAGGGUAAAGUGAGGGACAAGUUGAACAACCAGAUCCUCUUCGACGAAGCCACUUACGAGAAAUUGUACAAAGAGGUGCCACAAUACAAACUGAUCACACCAUCGGUUGUUUCUGAACGUUUGAAGAUCCGUGGUUCAUUGGCCAAGAGGGCUUUAGUUGAAUUAAGAGACAAGGGUCUAAUCCGCCAAGUUGUCCAACAUCAUUCGCAAGUUAUCUACACCAGGGCUACCAAGGGUGAUGAUGCGUAAACCCUGAAAUCAUGUACAAAGUCAAAUUUGUAUUUUAAGGGAUAAUAAACUCGUCAAAACUUAUUUUUUAACUGA